CUCGUGAUAAUAACUCGUCUUGCGCGUGCGCAGUACUACUAUCCGAGUUUGUCGAAGAUGUCGCUCGCCAGGAGACUGCUCAUAAGCGCCACUAAAACAGCGUCAUUUCACUUUCUCAACCAUUCACUGUCACGUGUGUGUUUGCUGUUGGCCAGAGCUGAGACCGUGAGAACAUGUUCAGCUCCUCUCACCUCCUCUACCAAAGAGGAGCAUCAAAACCCAUCCGGCAGUCUGGCUGAGAGCAUCCAGCUCAGUGAAUCCUGUGUCAAGAGGCUCGCUGAGAUUAUGGGAAAGGGACAGUAUCUGAGGAUAGCAGUGGAGGGAGGCGGAUGUUCGGGAUUCCAGUAUAAAUUCUCAGUGGACACUGUUAAAAACGAAGAUGACCGGUAAUUGCAAAAAGAAAGCAAUAUGUAGGCCAGGGCUGUCCAAACUCGG